AUGCCGGAUGGCGGCAACCCGCUCGAAAUCGACGUCAAUGCUCAUUUCAUCGUCUGGCUGAUCAUCCCGGGUAUCGGUCUGCUCUACGGCGGUAUGGCCCGUCGCAAGUCGGCCCUCUCCCUCCUCUUCCAGUCCAUGAUGGUCGCCGCCGUCAUCACCUUUCAGUGGAUGUUCUGGGGCUAUACCCUCGCCUAUAGUCGCACCGCUGGCCCCUUCAUUGGCGACUUUGCCAACUUUGGUAUGAAGAAUGUCAUGGCCGCGCCGUCACCGGGUAAUCCUGCCAUCCCUGAGAUCGUCUUCUGCUUGUACCAGUUGUUGUUCUGCGUAUGCACUGUCCAGAUCGUGGUUGGUGGCGCCUUUGAGCGUGGUCGUAUCAUUCCGUCUCUUGUUUUUGGCUUCUGGUGGGCUACUGUUGUAUACUGCCCCAUUGCUUGCUGGACUUGGAACGCCAAUGGAUGGUUGUACAAUCUGCCUUCGCUCGACUUUGCUGGUGGAGGUCCCGUCCACAUCGCCUCCGGCUGGUCUGCUCUUGCGUAUGCACUCGUUCUCGGCAAGAGAAAGAUGAACCCUGAGGACAAGACGAGUCGAAAACCCCACAACACCUCGCUCGUCUUCAUCGGUACCGUUUUCAUCUGGUUUGGCUGGUUUGGAUUCAAUGGUGGUUCCGCUCUCAACGCCUCUCUUCGUUCCAUGGUGGUGGUUUUCAACACCAACACUGCUGCAUCGACAGGAAUUCUUGGCUGGGUCCUAGUUGAUUACAUCAAGAAAAACCGCCGCUUCAGCAUCGUUGGUGCCUGCGAGGGUGCUAUUGCCGGUCUCGUUGGGAUCACACCUGCCGCUGGCUACGUCAGCGUGUGGUUGGCAGCUGUCAUUGGAUUCCUCACUGCCGUGGUCUGCGCGCUCUGUUCUAACGUCAACGAAUGGCUGCACAUCGACGAGGGCAUGGAUGUCUUCAAGCUGCACGGGAUCGGUGGCAUGGUUGGAUCGUUCCUUACUGGUAUUUUCGCCACCAAAUACAUCUCUGCACUCGACGGAGUUACUGUGGCUUCGGGUGCCAUUGAUGGAGAGGGUAUUCAGGUCGGAAAACAAUUCGCUGAGAUCACGGCAAUUUCGGCCUACUCGUUCCUCGUCUCCUGCGCGCUGCUCAUGAUCAUGAAGUACAUCCCUGGUCUUCACCUCCGUAUCUCCGAUGAAGCUGAGGAGCAGGGUCUCGAUUUCGAUCACUUCUUCGAUGAAGCCAUUGGUGAUUGGAGUCUCACACACGCACUCCAGCCGAAACCGACCCACCACCACGAGACCAUCGUCGGCGAAUCGGUUGUAACCUCAUCGUCAUCAGAGCACCCAGAAGAGAACAAGAUCAUGGGAGUCAAGGAAUGGACUAAACGCAUAUUUCAGUUGCUUUCCUUGCUGCAGCAACUUCACUUCUGCAAAAACAACGAGACUACCACAGGAUUUCGGCAAGACUGCCGGACUCCGAAAAAAAAUAUGAUCAAAGUCGCGCAUACUCCCGUGGCGGUCACUGUUGCGAGAUCCACAGUGCAACCUCCCGCAGUUCUUCUCCUCCAGAAGGGAUCCAUCGUGGGUGGGUAUACACAUCCGGGCCGCGACGUCAUCGAGUUGCCGCCAAACGCUGACACGAACGGCAAUUUGCUAACGUAG